AUGGCUCUCCAGCUUCACGUCUGGGGGCCCGCAUUUGGCCUCCCAUCUCUCGAUGCCGAGUGCCUAGCAGCAAUUGCGUACCUCACACAAUCCGUGGCUACAUCCGAUUAUCAGCUCAUCCAGAGCAGCCCCUCGGCUGUACCAACCCAACACCUCCCCGCCCUCUACGAUUCCCAAACCUCCACCUGGAAAUCCGGCUUCUCCUCCAUCGCCGCCCAUAUCCGCUCCAAUGUCCCGUCCACACACCCAAGAUCCAUCUCAACAUCACCAUCACCAUCACCCACAACCGCCAACAGCACAGCCUACACAACCUUCCUAACCGCCCACGCCGCCCCCCUCCUAGCCGUCUCCCUCUACGUCUCCUCCACCAACUACACAGCCACCACCCGCCCAGCCUACUCCGCCGUUCUCCCCCUCCCCUUACCCUGGACCGAACCGCCCGCGGUACGCGCCGCCAUGGCCCGACGCGCCGCACACCUUGGUCUGUCGAGCCUAGAUGCCGAUGCUGUGCUGGCAAGGGAGCGGGAGGAGGAGAGAAGGGUUGCGGCGGAGGGGUGGGUUACCGUGCCGGCUUCGUUGGGUGGUGGGGGGUCAAAGAAGAAGAGUGUGGAGGGGGCUAUGAGUCCGGAGCAGAAGGCGAGGAUUAAGUUGGAGAGGGUCGCGGGGGAGGUGUUGGAUGUUUUGGGGGAGGUGGAGUGGGGGAAGGAUGGGGCUACUGGUGGUGGUGUGACGAGGGAAGCGAGGUGCUUGGCGUUUGGGUACUUGGCGUUGAUGUUGGUGCCAGAUGUGCCACGGCCAUGGUUGAGAGAUAUCAUGCAGGCGCGGUAUCCUGGGCUGUGUGAGUUUGUGAGCACGUUCCGCUGGGAGGUAUUCCCCGAUGGGAGGGAGUUACCAUGGACGGAAGGGAGAAAAGAUCAGCAAGGUGGUUCGACGGUUGGGUUAAGGUUUGUGAGAGGGAUCAUGUGGGAGGUGCCGAUAGUUGGGGAGUGGUGGAGUCGGUGGUGGACGACGAGGAAGAAGAGGGAGGUCUUCAAUAGCAAGUGCGUCAAAUCUGGGUCGGGCGGUGAUCUCCUGCUGCUUAUCGGGGCUGGUUUGGGAUUGGCAAGUCUGGGUGCGGGAAUCUUCAUGUACCGUGGUCUACCGCCAUUUGGAGAAGCCGUGCAGCUCUGGAAACGGCCGGCCGUGACGCUGAGCAGUUUUGGGGCCGCUGGGGCCAUGUUUUCGGGGGCGCUCUAUGGGGUUCAAGGGCCGCGAGCCUCUCCUCAAAGCAGGGAACAAUACAUUCAGCGAUGCGCCGAUGACUUCUACGCGUGGCAGGCCACCCACCGUCCGGCCGACAACGAGUUUGUCCUUCACGAUGGCCCCCCUUACGCCAAUGGCAGCCUCCACGCGGGGCACGCCCUGAACAAGAUCCUCAAGGACAUUAUUCUGCGCGUCAAGGUCCAGCAGGGCCGCCGCGUCUCAUACAUCCCCGGCUGGGACUGCCAUGGCCUGCCCAUCGAACUCAAAGCCGUCGACGCCGCAGCCGGCAAGCACAUGUCCCCCGGCGCCAUCCGGUCCGCCGCACGCGAACUCGCCUCCAAAACGGUCCUCUCCCAAAUGGAGAGCUUCCGCAGCUACGCCGUCAUGGCCGACUGGGACGCCCGCUGGACGACGAUGGAUAUGGCCUAUGAGAUCCGGCAGCUGCGGCUGUUCCAGAAAAUGGCUCGGCGCGGACUGGUGUACCGAAGGUAUAAGCCCGUGUACUGGUCGCCGUCGUCUGGGACGGCGCUGGCGGAGGCGGAGCUGGAGUAUAAUGAGAAUCAUGUGUCCAAGGCGGCGUAUGUGCGGUUCCAUGUGGUGCAAGGAACUCAAAACUUGCCCGGGUUGGGGACGGGGUUUGAUGGGCGGGUUUAUGCUUUGAUUUGGACGACAACGCCAUGGACACUGCCGGCGAACCAGGCGAUUGCGGCGCACGAGGAGCUCCGGUAUCACAUUGUGAAGGUGUCGAGCGAUGCGUACUUGGUAGCCGAGAAUUGUCUGGAGCGGGUAGCCCAGUCUCUAGGGUGGGAAGAUGGCCAGUUCGAGGUGGCGGGGAGUGUCAUGGGAAAUGAGCUAGGGGGGUUGCGGUACGUCAAUGUUCUUCGCGGGAAGAAUGCCGAGCCGCAGCCGUUCAUACACGCCCCCUUUGUCACGGAUGUGUCGGGAAGCGGCCUGGUCCACUGCGCACCGGGGCAUGGUUUCGAUGACUACUUGACUUGUCUGUCCCUGGGGAUCUCGGCCAUCGCGCCCGUAGACAAUGACGGGUUGUUUACCGAAGAAGCGCUCCCCGACCAGCCUGACCUGCUGCGGGGCACACCGGUACUGGAAGGGGGCAGCGCUGCGGUUAUCAAGAUCUUGGGGGAAGACAUCUUGGAUGUGCACAAGUACCGCCACAAGUACCCGUAUGACUGGCGGACCAAGAAACCCGUCAUCAUCCGGGCCACGGCGCAGUGGUUUGCGGAUGUGUUCUGCAUCAAGGACGACGCGCUGUCGGCCAUUGAUCGCGUGCAGUUUGUACCGGAGAACGGCAAGACCAGGCUGGAGUCGUUCGUCAAGGGCCGCAGCGAGUGGUGCAUCUCACGGCAGCGGGCCUGGGGGGUGCCCAUACCCGCGCUGUACGAGCCGAAUGGCGACGCGCUGAUGACUAACGAGGUUGUUGACCAUAUCAUCUCGGUCAUCCAGGAGCAGGGGACCGACGCCUGGUGGAACGAUGCCCCGGAUGAUCCAGUUUGGAUUCCCGAGUCGCUCCGCGGCCAAGCGCAACAAUACGUGCGGGGGAAGGAUACGAUGGAUGUUUGGUUCGAUAGUGGCACUAGCUGGGCGAUGUUGGGCGACAAGCAGGCGGAUCUGUACCUGGAAGGUUCUGACCAACACCGGGGCUGGUUCCAAUCCAGCCUGCUCACGCGCGUAGCCGCGACAGGCCGGCACAACUCACUGACAUCGUCUUCUACGAGCACCACCAACACCCUAGGAUUAUCGCCAUUCAAGACGCUCAUUACGCACGGGUUCACACUAGACGAGAAAGGCAAGAAGAUGUCCAAGUCACUAGGCAACAUCAUCUCAGCCGACCAAGUCAUGGACGGCUCGCUCGUGCCGCUCCUCAAACCCAAAAAGAAGGCUGGCGGCAGCACUACGCCGGUAAAAGACGCCCUCGGUCCCGACGCCCUCCGCCUCUGGGUCGCCAGUAGCGACUACACACGCGACAUCACCCUCGCCAAAACCGCGCUUUUAACCAACCACCAAACCCUCCUCAAAUACCGCACCACGAUCAAGAUGCUCACGGGCUCCAUGCAUGAGGCCGCGCGCACCGCCCCGCUAACCGCGGUCGACCAGAUCGCGCUCCUCCAGCUGCGCGACGUCAUGGCCGAAGUCGCGCGGCACUACGACGCGCACGAGUUCAACAAGGCCUUUGCCGCGCUCAACCGGUGGAUCACCAACGACCUGUCAGCGUUCUACUUGGAGGCGCUCAAAGACCGACUAUACUGCGGCGACGGCGGCGGCGUGCUGGAACCCAUCUUUCUCGGGUUCUUGCGCAUGCUGGCGCCUGUCACGCCCGUGCUGGUCGAGGAAGCGUGGGAGCACCGGCCGGCGUGGAUGAAAGAGGGUGAACCCUUGGGGGAUGCCGCCGUGGUGUUGGAACACCCGCUUAAACAGCUGUAUGACGCGCCCGUGGUUGUCAACCCAGCGAGGGUAACGAGGGACGAGGCGGAGUUGAGACGGGCUCUGCCAGUGUUGAUGCGGGUGCAUGCGGCGAUCAAGGCUGCGUCGGAGCUGGCAAGGGCGGAUAAAGUGCUUGGAUCGUCGUUGCAGUGCGAUGUUGUGCUGGAGAUUCCUCCUGAGGGCAGUACGGUUUUGGAGGUAUUGAGCCAACUCAAGGACGAGUUAGAGGCUGUGUUUGUGGUUUCUUCGGUUGAGGUGAAGACGACUGCGGGAGGGGAUGUUGCAGAGAGUGGCGCGGAUGCGCAGUGGAAGUACUGCGAGGAGUUUGAGGUGGAUGGGUCGGCGUGUACGGCGUGGGUGUUGCCGCCGAAGCAAGCCAAAUGCCCGAGGUGCUGGCGGUAUGUGGCGCCUAAGGAAGACGAGUUGUGUGGACGGUGUGAGGAGGUUGUGGGGGAAAGUGUACAGUAG